AUGCCUAAUAACGUAGCUCCCUCCACCAGGUCCCAAAAAUACCAAAUUAUAACGCGAUCUAGGGUCCUAAUUGGUCGAAUUAAGAAAGCAGUUACUCCCCAUCCGUCCUGGCACCCAAUAUCAGCAGCUCGAUCCAGACCAAUUGACAAUUAUCAGUCCUCCCCUGCUGCCCUCACGGAUGCUGCAGGCCCCCGAUACAUGGCCUCCCGACACAUGGAGAUGACACUGUCCCAGAAGCCCAGAAGCCCGGGAAACUUGGAAGCAGAUGAAGGGGACUCACCUUCCACGAUAGAGCUGAUUAGGAGGGACCUCUGGGCCAUCUCCUCAUUCAUGUUCAAGAAAACGGAUGCAGAUGCCAAUGAGGCGUCCUUGAAGCACACAAUUUGGGCGAGUGUGCUGCCAUCCGCCAAGAUGUCUCGACACUCCAGGAACAGGUCACGGAACUGGAAUCUGCCACCGAACGCUCCAACAUCCAACAUGGUGCUGCUGAAGUGGUGGCUACAAGGCAGGAGGCAAGUUGAAGACCUUGACAAUAGGAGCCGUCAAGGUAACAUCAGGAUCCAUGGCCUUCCAGAGGAUACCCUGACAGAGCCUCUGGAGUCAGCUUUGCAGGCCCUGUUCAACUCCAUUCUGGGGAAUGAUACCAAGAGCAUCCAGUUGGACAGGGCUCACCGGGUAUUCUGCAAACAGCGACAGAUUGAGAACGCAGAGACAUGGUUUGCUCAGUCCACUCCUUCAGUCAAAAUGAGCGGAUAA